AUGAAAGGAAUUGAUUCUGGGAUUUUCGCAAGAGAACUUAUGUCCAAUUAUCUCACAGCUCUUCGAUCCUUGAAGCCUAAAGGGGAUGUUAAUCUCAAGAAAAUAUUGUUAAAAGCGCAUUCCAAGACUGUUGCUUUAGGAUCAUCCACUGCCUGUGUUGUUACCCUUAAAAGAGACCGAUUGUGUUAUGCCAACGUGGGCGAUAACGGUUUCAUGGUUUUCAGAGGGAAAAGGCUUGUUUACAGGUCACCGACACAGCACAACUUUUUCAACUACCCUUUUUUGUUGGGGAAUUGGGUUCAGAGGGGGGAUAUUGUGGUUGCUGGUACCGAUGGAUUGUUCGAUAAUCUUUUCAGCUCUGAGAUCGAGGAGAUUCUUCAAGAACAUGGAGGAAGAUCUUAUCCUCAGGAUCUUGCCUGGACCAUCACAACUGUUGCGUCCAUGAAUUCAACCAGCGAGGAUUAUGACUCUCCCUUUGCAGUUGCUGCUGAGUCUGAAGGAAUCGAGCUUGGGCUAUGGGUUAGGAAGCCUUGA